GUUAGAUCUUUUGAUUGACUCUUGUGCAAAUCUAAUAGUUAAUUGUUCUCACUAGUCGUUUUAAUAAGUGAUAAGAGCUUACAUGUGUGCCUUAUCUUAUGCUACAACUUGUACUUGUUCAAUUUAAAGUGAGAUAAAUUGGAGCCAAGUUCAAACAAGUUGGUCUAUAAGCUUGGUAUCCAACUGCAAGUUGUUAUAAACAAACUCCUGUCAAGAUUGUUCACCUUCUAACUCAAUCAUGGGAAAGGCCUUAAGAAUUGUUCAAACCGUUUCAUCUUCCAUUACCUUUGCCUAUGGUUUGGGAAUAUUUGGAUGGUUCCUAUCAAAACAUAACAUCAACUCUGCAGUUUGGGCCUUAUUGCUUGGUUUAUCAUCUGGAGCUGUACUUCAUCUUAAUGUGCUUUUAAUUAGGAAAACAAUUCUUAAUUGGUAUGGCAAGAAAUCAUUUAGGAUAUUUAAGGCGAUUGGAGUUUUACUCAGUAUUGCUGCUAUUGCUGCUGCUGUUACCUAUUACUAUCUAGCCAUUAGCAAGAAACAAAAAUUUGACUUGUUAACCUUUUACACAAGCGGUACUUUAUCCUUGAUGACGCUCAAAGGAUCAUUGGGCUUAUUUUUUAUUAGUCGCAAUCAAAUCCGCAUUAUCGAAGAAGAUUCAACAAUCAAUGGAAUUGAUACAAUAAAUACAAAUUUCUCCUAAUACUUUGAUAAUUGCUCAGGUAACUGGAAAAUCUGAGAAAGUCGAUUAGAUUGAUCAAUUAUGUUAAAUUUUUCUUGUGAAUAAUUUACAAAUGUAUCCCAAAGAUGUUAAAUUUGUUCAUAAAAGUUAUGGUUUUAUUAUAUUAUAUUCAAUAUACAGAUGAUUUUAACAAUUAAAAAUCAUUUGAAUUUUA